AUGAAACGAAUAAGAUUUUCUUGGAAGAAUACAUGUCUUCCCAUAAGCUGCAUCAACAACACAAACCAGAAGACUACAUGUACAAAAAACCCAUCAAAGGAAAGACUUCUUCUGCUAUCCAAACAAACCUCUGUCCGAAGCAGAGUCUACUUGUCGGAUUUCAGCAACUCAACAAUCUCACUCAACGACUUCUCAAACUCUUUUCUCAUAGACAUUCACAUUCUCACCUUUGAAGAGCUCAAAACGAUCACACAAGGCUUCUCAAAGAAUAAUUACCUCGGUAAAGGAGGAUUCGGGGAAGUCUACAAAGGGUUUGUUGAUGACAGCGUCAAGACUGGUUUGAAAGCUCAGCCUGUUGCUGUUAAGGCAUUGAAACGAGAAGGUGGACAAGGCCAUAGAGAGUGGCUGGCUGAGGUUGUAAUCCUUGGUCAGUUGAAGCAUCCUAAUCUUGUGAACUUGAUCGGCUACUGCUGUGAGGAUGAUCACAGGCUUCUAGUUUACGAAUACAUGGAACGAGGCAAUCUGGAAGACCAUCUAUUUCAAAAGUAUGGUGGAGCCUUACCUUGGUUAACAAGAGUGAAGAUUCUGCUUGGUGCUGCUAAAGGCCUUGACUUCCUUCACAAGGAAGAGAAACCUGUCAUUUACAGAGAUUUUAAGCCUUCCAAUAUCCUCUUGAGCUCGGAUUACAGCUCUAAGCUUUCAGAUUUCGGCUUAGCCACAGAUGGAUCAGAGGCAGAUGACGCAGACUUUACCAAAAGUGUAAUGGGCACAGAAGGCUAUGCUGCUCCAGAAUACAUCUCAGCAGGUCAUUUGACGACUAUGAGCGAUGUGUUCAGCUUCGGUGUGGUGCUUCUGGAGAUGCUAACAGCUAGAAAGGCAGUGAAGAAGUACCGGUCACAGAGAGGGAGGAACCUAGUGGAAUGGGCUAGACCCAUGUUAAAGGAUCCCAACAAACUUGAACAGAUCAUAGACCCGAGUUUAGAAGGGAGAUACUCGCUUGAAGGCAUCAGAAAAGCAGCUGUCUUAGCGUACCAGUGCCUGAGCCACAACCCUAAGUCACGGCCUACUAUGGCCACUGUCGUCAAGACCCUAGAGCGAAUUUUAGACCUCAAGGACAUCCAAAACGGACCGUUUGUGUACAUUGUUCCAGUAGCAGGCGCAAAUAAAGUUCAUGACAUCAAAUGUAACUGA